GCUAAGGAAAACGAAAUCAGUUUAUUAAUUAGCAAAUAAUGUUCAGAAUAGAAAACCCGAUUGAUUCUAGUUGUUAUUGUUGGUAUAAGGAGAAAUGACAUUAAUUAAUAGUAGAUAUUUAGUUGUCAGAACAAAGUGCAACAGCGCCCGUUGCAUUGUUCGUCAAUUUUCCAGUAUUUAUUACCAAUUUAAGUCAUAAGCCAUACCAAAUAAUAUAAACCGGUUUUAGAAUCGGAUUAAGCGGGCUAGCCAAGAUCGUUUGAUACUAGUUGAUACCUUGAUGGCCGGAGUUAGGAGAGCCACUUUGUGACUGGAACUUGCUUGGAAUGGUCCGAUCAAGUUGGUUGAAAGCGAGAGUACUCCCGGUGUUGUGGUUCCUGUUACAGGGGACUCCUUUGCUGGCCAUUCGCUUAAAGCCCUGCGAACUUGCUGGCCAGCUUUAUAUAUUGGAUGUCCCGAAAUCGGAGUUGCCUUUGUGGCUUUGCAUUGCGGAGUUUGAGAGUCGCUUCAACACUCACGUUGUGGGUCAGGCCAAUGAGGAUGGCUCUCGGGAUUACGGAAUAUUCCAAAUUAGUGAUCGUUAUUGGUGUGCGCCACCAAAUCAUACGGAAUACUAUGCAUUCAAUGAUUGCAAUGUAAAUUGCACUCGCCUUCUCAGCGACGACAUCACCAUGGCCGUCCAAUGCGCCCGUCUCAUUCAGAAACAACAGGGCUGGACGGCUUGGUCUGUCUAUCCGGAGUUCUGCAAUGGAACUUUGGAAACCAUCGAUGAGUGCUUUCAGUCUGGCAAUUCCACUGAUUGCUCGACCAGCGAGUUGGAAGAGGUCAAAGAUUGUUAGAGAUAGCUGCCCAUUAUGUCAUCACUGCCGAAAAAUAUUUUUGUGUGAAUUUGUAUAUGCAAAAUUAAAAUCUUAAUUACCGUUGA